CAGUAACAGUAGUCGUGGCACAAGCUGGACCAUCCUUCCCAAGGCUUCGCCUUAUCCUUUCGAAAAGGAAUGUGCGUCGUAAUCUCGAUCGACCGCCAAUACGAAAUAACUCCUCUACAAAACCUCAGCAAGUCCAAUGGAGCCCGUAUGUUCCAUUCCCACGCCAGCCAUCAACAUCAACCACACAUACUGAUCGCCGAUUGCCAUUUCUCUCUCUCUCUCUCUCUCUCUCUGAGUUGCUGCUGCUUCUGCAAAAAUUGAAUCAAAGAAAAAUGUGUGAGGUUUCAAGUCAACUCGUUCCUUGCCGGCGGAGUUUGGUAUUUCCAGGUGCUCAUGUUAGGAAAGGGGGAUGGAAAAGACAGGUGGGUAUGGUUCCAAAGUGGCAAUGUCAUGUCGCUAUGACCUCCAAAACUCAAUUCUCCAUCAUGAAUCAGAUUAAGCCUUCUAACUACUCUUCCAGAAUUACUACUGACAUCCCCCUCUAUGAGUCUCCAGGGGCUUCUUUUGAUCAAUACCUGAAUGAUCGGAAUAGAGUGUUCCAAGCAAUAUUUCCGGAAAAACGAAGAAGCCAGAGGUUGAAUGAGGAGGAGUGGAGAAUUCAGAUGUUGCCUAUACAGUUCCUUUUUCUGACAGUUUGGCCAGUAAUUGACAUGAGGUUGAGAUGCAAAUCUGAAGGGAAAGGUUACCCACCUGGAGUUCCUGUCGAUGUCACCAGGGUCCUUGAGCUUGAUGUUACAAGAUGGGAGCUCCAAGGUCUUGACAGUGCUGCCCAGCCAUCUGAUUUUACGCUUGGAGUGAGAGGAGCUCUUUAUCCUGAUAGGCGGGGAUUGCGGACACGACUUAAAGGUCAGUUGGAGAUGGACAUUAAUUUUGUUCUUCCCCCCAUGCUUGCUUUGAUCCCAGAAGAUGUUCGUAGAAGUGUUGCAGAAUCGGUGCUGAAGAGGUUGGUGGAGAACAUGAAACAUAAAGUGAAUGGUAGUUUGCUUUCGGAUUUCAGUGAAUUCAAGAGGGAGAGGGCCGAGAUUCUUCGUAGUUGAUCACUUGAUCCUGCUUUUUCUUCUGCUCAACUGGAUGGCUUUGUGUUUUAUGUGACCCCGGUUUUAAAUUUAAGAAGAAAGAGAAUGCGAAAUGGACAAAAGAGGAAACAGGUCCUACCAGAAGAACCUCAUCUUCGUAAAGAACGUCCUCAUUUUCUUUAACAAUUCAUUCAUUCAUUUAUUUAUUUUUUGAGUUGACUGGGAUUUGUUACUUAUAUGUGCUGUAAAAUUUUAAUAUUUUGAAAACACAAAGUCAAUUGCUAUAUUUCCCAUGCGACCCUCUUCUGAGCAACCUCCCCAACUGUUUUUAGAGUGUAUAAAA